AUGAUUCAAGAAUAAGAACAUACUGUCACCUUAGUUAUAAAUCAAUCUAUAGAGAUGGGUGAAUUUGGAAUAUAAGAAGCCAUAUAACUAUUUGAACUCUUCGGAUUGUCAUAUUAAGAGUUGUUCAAAUAAUAUUUCCCAUUAAAUUAGUUUCCAAAGAAAUAUUAAAUUACAUCUCAAACAUUACCAAACUAUCCUUUUGUAGAUAUAUAAUUGAAGGAUCUGGAUUUAAUACCUAAAGUCUUAAGUCGAUCAAUCUUGAUACAUGAUAUCCUAUACACCAUGAGUAGAGGUAAUACAUUAGAUGAGUUACCAAAUAAUGUAUUACCAUAAGCAAUGUAAUAUAUUUAAAAUCCUAAUCUCUCUUGUAAAUGUGAUAUCAUUACAUCAUAUUUCAAAAUCACCUAAGAGAAGAGAGUCUAAUUAAUUGAAUAAGUAUUUGGAGAGAAGGGAUUUAAUUGUUAAAAUACUAUUAAUUUAACAGAACCAGACAUACUUUAUUAUUUAAUUAUCACUAAAGAUCAGAAAUAUAUUGCUGGUUGUACUUUGACAAAGAAAAAGAAGAGAAGAGAAAAGAAUUUUGCAAGAAAUUAUGAAUUACCUAAUCGAAUAUAUCUAGGUCCAGUGUCUUUGGCUCAUGAUUUAGCUUUCUUAAUGGCAAAUUAAGCUUAAGUGUAAGAAAAUGAUUUAGUAUUUGAUCCCUUUGCAGGAACAGGAAGUUCUUUGGUUGCUUGUUCUCAUUUCGGAGCCAUUUGUUUUGGUUCUGAAAUAGAUGGAUAUGUAAUUUAUAUUAAUUAAUAUAUCAAGUUAAUGAAGGGACAUUGUAUUGGAUAUCUCAAUAAGAAGAGUACAUAUCUAAAAGAUCCAAAUUAUAAAUAAGUCAAACCAUACAUUCAUUUGAACUUUCAUUAAUAUAAUCUUCCUACUCCUAAUUUGAUAUAGGCUGAUGUUCAUUUACCUAAUUUCAAUCCAAGAAUAGAGUCAUUCUUUGAUGCCAUCAUUUGUGAUCCUCCUUAUGGAAUAAGAGCAUCUAUUUAAUAAGAUGGAAAUGAAUAGGAUCUUUAAGCAAAUCGAACUGCAAUUUAUAAAAGAAUGUUUGAAGUGGCUAGAAAAGUAUUAAGAAGAGGAGGAAGACUCGUUUAUCUAUAUCCAUUAUUUAAGGGAAUGGAAAAGAAAGUAGAUAAGGAAGAAGGAUUUGAAUUAAUUGAUUUUCGAGAGUAAAAGAUGGUUGAUAAAAGAAGUAGAUUAUUAGUUACAAUGGAGAAGUUGUGA